GAAUAUUUGAUAUAAUUAACUGAAUAGUGCCGAAUGGACUAGAGUGGUUCUGGUCGACCUUAUUGGUCGGGUUGUUUUUUUCAUAAAUGAACUGCUAGAAAAAAAAUGAAAACUGUAAUUAAUUACCGAAACAAUAGUCAUUUUAAGUCGUUCAUUCAUAAUAUACUACAUGAAAAUCAUGAGCAAAAUAAUUUUUGUCAAAUUAAUACAUUACAACUGUUAAUCAUUAAUCUGUCUUUAUUUUAAUCGUAAUUAAUUGAUAAUCGGUCAACUGGAGGAUUAAAGCAUUUCAAUGAAGUAAUGAUUUCAUUACUGGUAGAGUUCAAAAUUUAUUUUUAUUAACUUUUUGAAUCCCACAAUAUCACUGAAAUACAAUAGAAUUAAUAACGAACGAAGGUUGACAUUUUUUAUUGGGUAGGGAUUGUAUCGUUUAAAGAAGUGGUAAAUAAUCUGUCGAUUGGUCAGUAAUUUCGAAGUAGAUGAUACUAUGUAGUAUUUUUAUACUGUGUUGGUUUAGUUAAAAAGAAUUGUUUGUGUAACUUCCAAAAGAGUAUAACCAAUCAUAACCGAAGUGUAGCCUGCAAUAUAUAUAGAGAUUUAACCAAGUAGUUGCUAUCGUAUUAGCAAGACGAAGGAAUUUUAAAAUAAUUAGUUGAAAAGUAAUCGAAAUAAUAUAGUAAUAGUGACAAUGAGGAAGAUGGAGCAUUGAGAAUACGGUUAGAAAAGAUAAACGAAUACUGAAACUUGAGAUGUAGAGGAAAGUGUAGAGAGUCUGGGUGAUUGUUGCUGAUCGUGAGUUGUCACUCGACGUCCCCAACCACUGAUUGAGGUUAUCAUCCUGUACCUAACUAGGUAAUGUACACCCAUCUUUGUUUCUCAAGCCAAGAGUCAAUGACUGCAUGAAAUAAUGUUAUAUAUUUUGUUUUGGCAGCCUUCAACUUUCUCAAAACCUAUUUCACCAGCAAACAUCGUUCAUCGAUGUAGACGGUGGUUAUGAAUACGUAACAUGUGUUGUGAACACCUCAUUUUGUAAAGAUUCACUAACUAAUCAAUAUGUGUACCAAACUUCAACACUGCUUAAUCGAUAGUCACACGAUCCCCGAGGAAAGCUUCAAAGAUGCCUGGUUGAAAACUAUUAGCCUACGCGUCUUCUACUUCUCUAAUUUAUAUUCUAUAUUGUCAAUUCAUUAUGUCUACAAAUCAAACAGUCUACAUGCAUCACCUUUACUCACAAAGAAUUUAAUACUAAAAUCCAAUAGAUGUAUAUUUUUAUCAAAUUAACGAUACCAUAGUUAUGGCAUGUAAGAUGAUGCUCUUACAAAAUAGAAAUCCGAAACACCAAAAACUUUGGGAAGCAAAAUCAAAUAAAUGUUUUAAGGGUAUGAAUUAAGAUCUGAUCUCACAGAUGUGUUAGCCUGAAAUCCAUUUAGGAUAUUCUAAUGCGCUUAAACUCUUGGUUCAUCAUUUGUCAGAGUGGAUUACGAAAACAAAGUUUAAAAACAAUGAUUAAAAAAAUUGUAUUGGAAUAAACAUAAAUUAGAAAGUGGAAUUCCACCAGGAAAUUAGAAGUACAAUGAAAUUUAUUUCAAAGUAAAUCGAUAAUUAAACAAACAAACGUUCAUAGAAUGGUAUUCUACAAGUAGAUAUGAUAUGUAACAACGUGGACUAGUGUCUAUGUCAAACAUUUAUAGUUUUAAAUAUUGUUAAGCUGUAAAAAUCAUUAUUUGUCUGAUUCCUCCUAUUGUAAUACGGAAGACAUAUGCAAGAUUUGUUAAAGAAAUAAUUAGUUCCUAAUUUUUGUAUAAAUAGUGUUAUUUAUGUUUAUUACUAAAAUGGGUAACAAUAGUUUCCUCUUAACGCCAAUCAAUUUGACUCAGUUCAAUUUUGAUAUAACCGUUUUUUAUUUAAUUGCUAAUCAAUGAAAUUGUACUCACUUUCUAGGUCUGUCAGCUUCUCAUAAAUGUUGAUUUCAUUGUAACUCUCAUUACUGCUCAAUCAGUGUUCUGUUCUUCUUAAUAAACUUUUAUGUCUGUUCAAGUAAUAAAGCUCGGAGACAACUGUUCAAAAAGUAGCUAACUAGGCAUUUUAUAUUCGGUUUCCACUUUUAAGGAGUCAGAUGCAUAGUGCCACCCUUAUUCAUCAGUUCUAAAUCUUUUCGACUUGGAAUGCAUAGUACAUUCAAUUUAGCUAGAGUGAUCACAUUAUUUAUUCAAGUUAUUUUCAGUUAUGCGGUCAUAUGUCAAGUUGGUGGUUUGCUGGAAAUUUUAAUAAAUUUCCUUAAUUAUUUGAUAUGAAAGCUGUAUUAUAAGGAUCACAGUAACUAAUAAAGUGAUAAUGGAAACCGUAUUUAUGUACAUGUUUGUCACUGAAGGUAUCAAGGUUUAACUAUAACCUGAUAGGAGACCUUGAAAACAACCAACUUCAACACAAGCCAAAUUCCACUUGGCAUUCUUCAAGGAUUUAUUCCUCUUAUACCAACAUUAUUCUAUUAUUUAGUGUUUUCAGUUACCGUCUAAAGCCGUUAACAAGCGUACUACCUACUUACGCAAUAGGCUAUCCACCAGCACUCUUCAUCCAACUCUGUCCUGGGCAAUCCUUCCCAGUUCUUUCCAGUUGUUAUUGAUCCUUUUCAUGUCUGCUUCCAAUUCCCGACACAGUGUAUUCUCUGGCCUUCCUCUUUCCCGCUUCUCCUCAGUAUUCCAAGUUAGCCCUUGCCUCGUGAUGCAGUUAGAUUAUUUCAAUGUAUGUCCUAUCCACUUCCAACGUCUUUUCCUGAUUUCUUCCUCAUCUGGAAACUGGUUUGUUCUUUCCCACAGUAGGCUGUUGAUGAUGGUAUCCAGCCAACGGAUAUUGAGUAUCUUGCAUAGACAACUGUUUAUAAUUACUUGUACCUUCAUGAUGAUGGUUUUAGUAGUUCUCCACGUUUCAGCUCCAUACGGUAAGACUGUCUUGACGUUCGUAUAACGAGCGUAUACCCUGUAAAAAUUAAAGUUGGACAGCAUACAUUAACUAUGCAGCUUAUGUUUAAUAAUUUAAACAUAUACCUUGAGAAUCCAUUGCAGGUAAGAAGCUGACUUACAAAAUCAUAUCGACUGAAAAGUCCUUCCAACAAUUGUUAUCACGUAACAAGAAGUGUUCGAAUGAAACUAAAUUGCAAAAAGAUCCUAGUUACGUAUUCUAACUGGUAAACAACCAACAAAUUAAUUCUUUAUUUUUCUAUUAAUUAUGAUAGUGUUAUGGAUUGAUGUGUGUAUGAUCUGUAGUCGAACAUGAUUUUAUAAUCGAUGCAGAGUGUAUGACAUUUUUGUAGUAUUCAUUAUAAAAAAAAGUAAGCAAGUUACUAAAACAGUAAAUGUUUAUGAAAGCUACUAAAUACUUUUUCAUUGGUGAAUAUUACAAACUUCAUCACAAAUUCAUGAAGAUUUUAACUUGAAAUCAAUAGUUGUAGCUGGCAUAUCCCUACAAAUUCUUUAUUUUUGUCUCGAAAAUUAUCAGGAUAAGAUUAUUUCAGUUUAGUAUUGUCAUUUUCUAUAAAUGUCAAGGAACAAAAUAGUAAAUCUUCACCAAUAAUUUAAGCAUUAUUGCCAAAAAAUAUAAGAUAUAUACGUAGCAGUGACGUCCAUAAGUUCAUAAAUGGUUGAUUGUGUCCAUCAGUUGUGUUAUAAUGUUUGGGCGCUUUCUUCGAUAAUAUACACUGAUCCGUUUAUCACUAAUUGGAAAAAAAUUCUUCUGUGUUCGUACUCCAAAUGUCGUCCAGAUGUUAAUAUAUAAUCAUUGUAUUAUCGUCGUACACAGCAUAAAGGUUGUUAUUUUAAAAGAAAACACAGGCUCCUCACAGUUCAUUAAACUGCCCAAAUUAGGUUCAAAACUAGACUUAAGGUUAUAUUGUAAAGAAAUUAACAACUUUUAAGAAUUAAUUCACGGUUAGGCAGUAAAGAAUGAGGUCGAUUUGGGAAGAAAAUUAUGUGAAAUUCAGAUGUUUCACACGUGAAUAAAAAUGGGAAGUAUGUGACUUCAAAUUACAGUCUAGAAUUCGGAUCAAUUCAAAAAACGACUUGUAUCUAUCAGUUAGUGUAAUGAAUAAUGAGAUAUACUACCAAUCAUUUAUCAUAGACACAAACUGAAUUCGAAAAUGACGGUAGAAAGCAUUCCGCUCGUUUAGUAACUUCACUUUUACAAAUUCAACAACAGUAGAAUAUCCUAUGAACAUUGUUUAUGCUGUUAUGCGAUAGAUUAAACUUAAAAAAUAAAUUAGAGUCAUCUACAUUUAUCAUUUUAAAGAUGCUAGAAGUAUUCGGAGUUUAUUUACUAUCUAUGAGUUGACAAUUUGUUAUGGCACUAGUCGUUUACAGAGCAAAAUCCUAUUUUGCAAACUGACCUUGAGUUCACCAUGUGACUUAAGACACAGACUCUUCUCUGAUGCAAAUAUGAUUGGUCUCAUUCUCUGUAGUGUGAUCCGGCGUUCAAAGCAUUUUCCUCUUUGUGACCAGAGGACAGCAGCAUCUCUCCUAAACCAACCUAUGUUACUUUAAGCACACUACGAUCAUAAAUUUUUGUGCCUUUCAGUUUACAUGAAUAUGACACACAUAAGUCAAUGGUGAAGACUGCCAAUUUUUUAUAAUCUAAGUAACGAAUGAUACUGGCCAAAUUGUAAAGGUUUAUAAAAAACUUCGAAAGAGCUAGAUAGAGAACUGUGGCCUGUUUUCGGAAGAUGAAGGACAUUAAUAAGCUACAAAAUUUUUCACCCGGUAAUCUUGAUUAGCCUCACAACAUAGUGAUUAUUUUUUUGAUCAUAUUGUUGAUGGGCCAGAGAUGAAGUUGUAGUUACUUAAAUGACAGUCUUCCAGGCUGUGGUAUUUUGAGGUGAUCAGCUUCGUUACGAGGCGAUGAUUGGGUAAAAUCACAGGAAGCUUGAAUGAGUGGAUAGUCCGUGUAGUUUUAUCGUCCUGUGAUACGAAGUAGUCAUUUGAUUGAUAUGGAGGACAAAGUUUGUGAAUAUGUUACGGUUGUUGCACCCUCUCAGUUGUCAUGCAGCAAUUUCAUGGCUUCUCCAUAUGCUUCCUUUUACACUGAGACUAAUACAUCAAAUUUGAUUAUAUAUAAUACGUUAACUGACACAGUCCAAACAUAAGGGCCUAUCUUGGUGACGAAAGAAAAUGAUAGUUGCAUAAAUCACAUAUCAUGUGGACAACGUUACUGCCUUACACAACCUCAUCAUUCUUCGCUUUGAUGAGAACAGCAUGACCGACCACAUAAUCGGACAAUUUAUUGGAAUAAAACCACCAAUAUGAUACAAUGCCUUUUCGCACCUUCAAGCAUAUGACAGUCGGUAUCACGGUUGGCUUCUAACAAAUAUACUCCCUUACUUGAUACGAUUAUUGAAAAUAACACACCACGAUGGUUAACCUCAAUUUCCUUGCCAGUUGUCACGUUUUUCUGUUGCUCACUUAUCGAAUUCGUCAUGUAAGCCAAAGCAUACAAAAUAUUACUUUAUCUAAACAGCGUUUGCUUUCCGAUACAAGCGAUGUCUUACCAACAUAUGUAAUAUACGGGGAUAAUCACAUAACAGAAAAAUAUUCCCAAUUCUUGAUGUUAGCUAUUGACGACAGAUGACCGAAGGCUGUGGUGGUCCCCAAACAAAAGGAGCUUACACAAAAUAUAUUGAUACACUAGGUUAACAAUGAUAUACCAAAACAAAUUAUUGAUUAAGAAACCUAGAUGUCUGUCCGUUAGUAAAAACAAGCCCCCGAAUGCCCUGGUACGGCCGAGAGUGGGGUGAGUCCGCUCUCCCUCUCGAAAUACUCUCACACGGCCGCGCGUAUACAGCCUCUGCCAGGGAAGUCCUACUCAUUGCCUUCUCGUGGCGGGGGUGUUGUUUACGAAAAUGAGAGGACGAAAAGCGAAUAUCCGGCGCUUUAACCGGAUUCCAAACUAAUGGUGCACAUGGGCUCCAGUAUCCUGCGGGAACAAAUGGCGUAUGAACCAAUCUUUGGUCACCGGCUACCAUGGGAUUGCAUCUCCUUACGAUGCUCCACUGCCUUGUGGGUUAGACCUUUAGGUCAAAGACUCGAGGUGUGGCCUCCUAAGAUAACCACCUGCUUCGGUUUGGGCACCCGGGCAGUAUCACAGCCCACACACAAACGAUGAACU